CACCCCGUUUGUCCAUACCUGUAGUAGAGUGUACCUUGACUGUACUGCUUGUGAAGUGAAGUGAAGACAAGAAAGUUGUGUGCUUAGCUAUUAGCUAAAGUAUUUUAUUUUUAAAUUCGUGAUGGAAGACAAAGGAGAGAGAAAGAAAUGGAGAGAGAAAGGACAAUUUGACUGCCUCAUCCCAAAAAGAUCUAAGGGAGACUUACACUCUCAAAGAAUAACCAAAAUUAAGCGAAAGCUUGAAGAUUCUAAAAUCAGGAAUGUACCUGCUGUACUGAUUUCCUGUAUGCUUGUCAAUGACUUGGAUGACAAAACUAUUAUACAACAAGUUACAGAGAUAGCAAACCCACCGCCACCGCCACCCUCAACGCAGCCACCAAUUAUCCCCCCACCUCCGCCACCCACAUCCCAGCCACUACAAGGCUGGUACCCCUAUGGGUACUACCCAAGGUAUUAUUAUCCAUCACCAUGCCCACAAGCCUCAGGACCUCCCUCAGCAGUACCAGCGCCAGAGGCCCCAGGGCCCGUAACAGAGGUGGCAAAGAACGAAAACCUUUUUAAAGAGUUCCUCGACUUUAAACGAAGAUAUCAAGACAAAGAAGUAACGGAAACUGCACAAGAGGAAGGCAAGAAGGAGGAGGUUCAGGUUCCCAAGAAGGAGGAGGUUCAGGUUCCCAAAAAGGAGGCGUUCCCCCCCUUAAAGAAAAAACGAGUAAGUCGAUUGUUAUUUCAUCUUGACUACUUUUCUUCCCAUAAAUAUGAGGAAAGAAUUAGUUAAGGGUCUCUCUACAAGUGGCUUUUUGUAUAAGAAGUGUCUCUAAAAAAGAAACGCCCCCUCUUGCAGUUCAGCAUCACGGUUUUGAAGGCAAAGAAAGUAAUUAUAAGUCAUUUGUGAGGGAAAGGUUGUAUUGGAGAAAUACUGCCGUGAGAAAAGUAGAGUUGGUGGCAAUUUGUACUAUUUUUGAACAGCAACAUAAGAUUUGGAUUCCGUACGAAAGAUGAAAACAGUAAAAUUUCUUUUUUUGGUCUUCCAAAUUGUGCUAUCCACAAUAUUUCAGGUAUGAUUUUCAGUUACCUUGGUGGUAACGAAUGCUACAAAUUAAUACAACGAAAGACUUUGAUUUAUUCC